AGCUGGGACAGGCAAGAGUUGAAAUUUAACCACUAGGUUCAGAGGUUUUAAUGAGUUCCUCAAAAGGACAGAGAUGCACCCAACUCUGAGGUGGCCCUGACCAAAGCAGACGGUGGGCCACUACCCUGUGGUGCUCAGAGCCAAGAUGCUCAGGAGAGACCCCCGCAAGCCCUUAGCCAUCCUCAGGCAUGUGGGACUUCUCUGUGCCACAGGGCCACAGCGCUGGCGUUUCCAGCAUUCCUGUGCAGAGGAACACAGCAACUGUGCCCGACACCCCCUCUGGACUGGCCCAGUGUCCUCAGCAGAAGGCACCCGGCAGUCUCCCAUCAACAUCCAGUGGAGGGACAGUGUGUAUGAUCCGCAGCUGGCACCACUCAGGGUCUCCUAUGAUGCUGCGUCCUGCAGAUACCUCUGGAACACUGGCUACUUCUUCCAGGUGGAGUUUGACGAUUCCUGUGAGGAUUCAGGGAUCAGUGGUGGGCCUCUGGGAAACCACUACAGGCUGAAGCAGUUUCAUUUCCACUGGGGAGCAACAGAUGAAUGGGGCUCAGAGCACGCGGUGGACGGCCAUACCUACCCGGCUGAGCUCCAUCUGGUUCACUGGAAUUCCACAAAAUAUGAAAAUUACAAGAAAGCCUCUGUGGGGGAGACCGGGCUGGCGGUGAUCGGCGUGUUUCUGAAGCUCGGGGCCCAUCACCAGGCCCUGCAGAAGCUGGUGGACGUCUUGCCGGAAGUAAGACACAAGGAUACACAGGUGGCCAUGGGACCCUUUGACCCCUCUUGUCUGCUGCCUGCCUGCCGGGAUUACUGGACCUACCCUGGCUCCCUCACCACCCCGCCACUAGCUGAGUCAGUCACCUGGAUUGUGCAGAAGACGCCCGUUGAGGUGUCCCCGAGUCAGCUGUCCACAUUCCGCACACUCUUGUUCUCCGGGCGAGGUGAGGAAGAGGAGGCGAUGGUGAACAACUACCGCCCGCUCCAGCCCCUCAGGGACCGCAAACUUCGCUCGUCGUUCCGGCUUGAUCAGACCAAGAUGAGGUCUUAAUCUCAGGAUGAAGUCUGUAAGGAUAGGCAGAGCAGACCGGAAAGGGGGCCCGAGUUUCCAGGGUGCCAGUGGCACGGUGCCUGGAUUAAGAAAGAAGACGAGAUCACUGCACGGAUUAAGAAAGAAGACGAGAGGCCUGCUUUGUUGUUGUUGUUGCAAAUAAGAGAUAUUCUUUAAAGAAACCCGAGCAGAGCUGGAGGAACAGCUCAGCCCACAAAGUGCUGGCCUUGUGCCCCAAGGACCCAAGUUUGGAUCCCCAGUACAAAAAGCUAACGACAGUGCCAUGAGCACCUAAGCCUCAGUGAAGCAGAGACGGGUGGAAGCCUGCAGGCCAGCCGGCCGGGGGCUGUGUCAUAAAAUUCCAGACCUGGUGAGAGGUCCUGUCUCAGGCAAAAUAUGGGAAGUGUCUGAGGACUGACUGACAUGUGACAGACUGAGCAAACUGUGGGAUGUGGUGGCUCAUGCCUUUAAUCCCAGUACUGGGGAGGCAGAAUGGAUGGAUCUCUGUGAGUUCAAGGUCAGCCU